AUGGCCUCCUCGUGGUGCUGGAACUGCCUCUCGAGGCUUCGACCAACGCCGCGAGCACUCCUCACUCCGCCGUCCGCAACGCCCCGGAUUUCGAGCGCCCCCUUCCAUUCCACCGCAGUGCAACAUGCCCAACCAGCCAAGAAGAAGGGAGCUAGCUUGACUCCCAUGAAGCACAGACAGUCCGCUAGCAUCAAAAAGAAGAAGAAGAAGGUUGUUGAGCGUACACGUAAUGCGGCCCCGGGUGAGCGCAAAGCUUUGCGGAAACGCAUUGUCCUGAGCAACCCCAAUGCCCUUGAAAUUGAGGGCAUGGUGGAUAUGUCCCCCGAGACUAUGGUUGACUCCCGUCUCCGUGGUACUGUUCUCGGGUUGCCUGUUCCUAUCAUCGAUCAAUUGAGAACUGUGCAAGCGUUCCAGCCUAAGCAGGGUUGGUCGAUCUUCCGUCGCCCUGGAACCGUUCUCCGCCGUGAUACUAUUGAGAUGGCUCGUUUGUUUGAGCAGAUCUCUGGGGACGGCGAAAAUGCUCAGAAGGGCAAGGUCGUCAAGAAGAUCAUCACUGGUGUCAAGGGCUCUGGCAAGACGGUGCAUUUGCUCCAGGCUAUGACUAUGGGCUUCUUGAAGAAGUGGGCUGUGAUUACCAUUCCCGAUGCCCGCGAUCUCGUGUCCGGUGAUACCGCCUAUACCGCAAUUAAAGGAACCGAACCCGUCCAAUACCUCCAGCCUGGUGCGGUCUCCACUCUGUUGACUCGCACUGUCGAGGCCAACCGGGAGCUCUUGGCCAACCUCAAGGUCUCCCAAAAGCACCCUGCUUUGAAGUGGCUGCAACCUGGCUUGACCCUCGAGGGCCUUGCCAAGCUUGGUUUCACCGACCCUGCCAUUUCUUGGCCAGUCUUCCAGGCUCUCUGGACUGAACUCACCGCCACCACUCCUGCCGCAGGACUUGAGAAGGACUUCAAGCCUCGUCCUCCCAUGCUCGUUACAGUUGACGGCCUGGCUCAUUGGAUGGUCGAGACUGCCUACCGCAACGCCGACUACAAGCACAUUCAUGCCCACGACCUCAUCUUCGUCAAGCACUUCCUGUCAUUGCUGAAGGACGGCGAUUCUCUGAAGAACGGCGGUCUCCUCCUAUACGCCACCUCAUCCUCGAACAACCCCAACCCCAAGGCCCUCACUAUUGCCCUGGACCGUCUGAACGCCCGCCAGGCCGGCAUCAGCGCAUCCUCGUCAGAAUACCCCAACCCCCCAGCCUACAGUGGCGUCGACGAGCGCGUGAUGGACCUGCUCAAGCCCAAUGAGACGGCAGCCAGUCCCGUCGAGUUGCAGACUCUGGGUGGCCUGACCCGCGACGAAGCCCGUGGCUUCUUCGAGUACUUCGCCCGCAGCGGUAUUCUGCGCGAGGUCAUCAAUGACCAGUGGGUCAGUGACCGGUGGACCCUGUCUGGUGGUGGUAUCAUUGGCGAGCUGGAGAAGCUUGGCCGUCGUAUUCGCUCUGCAUCUGCCUAA